GCCAUUCGCGCUCUAUGUCAUGCACCUUGACCUAUAGAUGGGGGUUGAGUCGUCACGUCGUCGCUUUUUCGUUUGUAGCGUCCAUCUGUCAAAGCAUCAUCGGCGCGGUCUUUACUAAUAUUCAGUCGAGAGUAAAGUAACGUUUAGUGCCUUUUCUCAUUGGCUUCUUUGGGUUAUUGGAUACAACUGGUCGCCAGAACGCAUACAGCGACUAUUUUUGGCUGACGAGUGCCACAACGCAUCACUUUAGCCAGGCCCCAGGACCAGCGGAAGCAUCCGGAGCCCCGGGACCAGCGGAAGCAUCCGGAGCCCCGGGACCAGCGGAAGCAUCCGGAGCCCCGGGACCAGCGGAAGCAUCCGGAGCCCCGGGACCAGCGGAAGCAUCCGGAGCCCCGGGACCAGCGGAAGCAUCCGGAGCCCCGGGACCAGCGGAAGCAUCCGGAGCCCCGGGACCAGCGGAAGCAUCCGGAGCCCCGGGACCAGCGGAAGCAUCCGGAGCCCCGGGACCAGCGGAAGCAUCCGGAGCCCCGGGACCAGCGGAAGCAUCCGGAGCCCCGGGACCAGCGGAAGCAUCCGGAGCCCCGGGACCAGCGGAAGCAUCCGGAGCCCCGGGACCAGCGGAAGCAUCCGGAGCCCCGGGACCAGCGGAAGCAUCCGGAGCCCCGGGACCAGCGGAAGCAGAACAGCCCCAUGACAUCAAAGAUCCAGCACCAUAUUCCACAAAUGGAGUUAAUGUUGGACACCGCUAAGAGCCAGGGGGGUCAGACCCAGAGCCAGGGGGGUCAGACUGUCUCCCCUCCCUCAAUCUUCCCCUAUCGCUUCACCUCGGACGGGCGUCUGUGUCACCGGGUCACCCAGGAGCCCUUCAUGUUCCAGCGGAGCUGUGACCCAGACGCCGCCCAGAGAGAGGACCAGGCCCUAUGUCUCCACGUCACCCAACACGUUCACUCUCUCCUGGAGGAGCAGCUGCACCUCUUCAGGCUCUACCUCCCACCCCUCAGCAAGGAGGUCUACCUCCCUCCUCCACCAGAGCCUCAGGGGGACCACAGGGUCUACUUUAGCCCCCACCGAGGAGCCCCCAGCCAGGGCUACGUGUACCUCUCCCCUGGGGCCCUGGAGAGCCCUGCCACCCUGUUGUUGGUGGUCCAGGACCGGGGAACGAUGCGCUGCGGGCUGUGGAGCUGGAGGGCUGCUGCCAGCCGAGGUCUGGAAAGAGGCAGCAUGAUCCCCUACGUGAAGAGGGUCCUAGAAGAGGGCAGCUCUGUCCUCCUGAUGAACCCCAACCAGGGAGGAGGUGUUGGGGAGACUCCGGAGGAGCACGUUCACCGCGUCUGGGACCUCCUGGUGUCGCGCUGCGUCUCCCGGCGUGUCGUCGUGGUAGCGCACGGUUACGGAGGCCUGGCGUUCGUGGACCUGCUGUGCCGACGCCCACAACAAGUGGUGGGGCAGGUGUGGGCGGCGGCCUUCCUGGACUCCUCCCACAGCCUGUGGCACCAGCAGUUGGACGCGGUGGGCCGGGAGUGGCUGAGGACACGCUCUAGGAGGUGGGUACUGAGCUCCAAGCCCCUGAACCAGCCGGUGGGGUCGCUGAAAGCAGGAUGCCCUCAGAUGUCAGCUGGGACACAGAGUCAUGACGCGGCUCCAUCUGUCUGCAUGGAGUCUGUGUUCAGAUUCUUCUCCAAAACGCUGAGUCCUAAACCACCCACCACCUUCAGUAUGGUGACCCGCAGCAGGGGCAUUGUGGGACAGAGCAGACCUCACAACGGGAGAGGCAUCACCAGGCCUUAUUGACAGCACCAGUGGGACAGAUCAGACCUCACAACGGGAGAGGCAUCACCAGGCCUUAUUGACAGCACCAGUGGGACAGAUCAGACUUCACAACGGGAGAGGCAUCACCAGGCCUUACUGACAGCACCAGUGGGACAGAUCAGACCUCACAACGGGAGAGGCAUCACCAGGCCUUACUGACAGCACCAGUUGGACAGAUCAGACCUCACAACGGGAGAGGCAUCACCAGGCCUUACUGACAGCACCAGUGGGACAGAUCAGACCUCACAACGGGAGAGGCAUCACCAGGCCUUACUGACAGCACCAGUGGGACAGAUCAGACCUCACAACGGGAGAGGCAUCACCAGGCCUUACUGACAGCACCAGUGGGACAGAUCAGACCUCACAACAGGAGAGGCAUCACCAGGCCUUACUGACAGCACCAGUGGGACAGAUCAGGCAUCACCAGGCCUUACUGACAGCACCAGUGAAGUACAGGAGUACAGUGGGAAUUGAGUAUUUAUCUUAUGGUCAGAAAGACACGUGUCUAAUUCACGCGAAUACAUUUUACUGGACUCUGGAUGAGGUCAUCCUAAAUAUUUAGUUUCAUUUUGCUAAGACACUCCAGGUCAUCCUAAAUAUUUAGUUUCAUUUUGCUAAGACACUCCAGGGUCGGACUUGUCGACAGCAGAUUGUGGAUAAAUACUUUUUUUCAUCUUACUAUCUGUAAAACACUAAAGACAUUUAUGUAAAAUGCAUUUUUUUGGCACAUUUUUACAAAUAAAAUGUUAUCUAGAAUAAUAAAUGUACAGCAUUUAUCAACAAUUAAUAAUAAUAAUAAUAGUAUAAUAUCUCAUGGUCACCACACAACUCUGGGUAAUAUAUCUCAUGGUCACCACACAACUCUGGGUAAUAUAUCUCAUGGUCACCACACAACUCUGGGUAAUAUAUCUCAUGGUCACCACACAACUCUGGGUAAUAUAUCUCAUGGUCACCACACAACUCUGGGUAAUAUAUCUCAUGGUCACCACACAACUCUGGGUAAUAUAUCUCAUGGUCACCACACAACUCUGGGUAAUAUAUCUCAUGGUCACCACACAACUCUGGGUAAUAUAUCUCAUGGUCACCACACAACUCUGGGUAAUAUAUCUCAUGGUCACCACACAACUCUGGGUAAUAUAUCUCAUGGUAACCACACAACUCUGGGUAAUAUAUCUCAUGGUAACCACACAACUCUGGGUAAUAUAUCUCAUGGUCACCACACAACUCUGGGUAAUAUAUCUAAUGGUCACCACACAACUCUGGGUAAUAUAUCUCAUGGUAACCACACAACUCUGGGUAAUAUAUCUAAUGGUCACCACACAACUCUGGGUAAUAUAUCUCAUGGUCACCACACAACUCUGGGUAAUAUAUCUCAUGGUCACCACACAACUCUGGGUAAUAUAUCUCAUGGUCACCACACAACUCUGGGUAAUAUAUCUCAUGGUAACCACACAACUCUGGGUAAUAUAUCUAAUGGUCACCACACAACUCUGGGUAAUAUAUCUCAUGGUCGCCACACAACUCUGGGUAAUAUAUCUCAUGGUAACCACACAACUCUGGGUAAUAUAUCUCAUGGUCACCACACAACUCUGGGUAAUAUAUCUCAUGGUAACCACACAACUCUGGGUAAUAUAUCUCAUGGUCACCACACAACUCUGGGUAAUAUAUCUCAUGGUAACCACACAACUCUGGGUAAUAUAUCUAAUGGUCACCACACAACUCUGGGUAAUAUAUCUCAUGGUCGCCACACAACUCUGGGUAAUAUAUCUCAUGGUAACCACACAACUCUGGGUAAUAUAUCUCAUGGUCACCACACAACUCUGGGUAAUAUAUCUCAUGGUAACCACACAACUCUGGGUAAUAUAUCUCAUGGUCACCACACAACUCUGGGUAAUAUAUCUCAUGGUAACCACACAACUCUGGGUAAUAUAUCUAAUGGUCACCACACAACUCUGGGUAAUAUAUCUCAUGGUCGCCACACAACUCUGGGUAAUAUAUCUCAUGGUAACCACACAACUCUGGGUAAUAUAUCUCAUGGUCACCACACAACUCUGGGUAAUAUAUCUCAUGGUAACCACACAACUCUGGGUAAUAUAUCUCAUGGUCACCACACAACUCUGGGUAAUAUAUCUCAUGGUCACCACACAACUCUGGGUAAUAUAUCUCAUGGUAACCACACAACUCUGGGUAAUAUAUCUCAUGGUCACCACACAACUCUGGGUAAUAUAUCUCAUGGUAACCACACAACUCUGGGUAAUAUAUCUCAUGGUCACCACACAACUCUGGGUAAUAUAUCUCAUGGUAACGACACAACUCUGGGUAAUAUAUCUCAUGGUCACCACACAACUCUGGGUAAUAUAUCUCAUGGUCACCACACAACUCUGGGUAAUAUAUCUCAUGGUAACCACACAACUCUGGGUAAUAUAUCUCAUGGUAACCACACAACUCUGGGUAAUAUAUCUCAUGGUAACCACACAACUCUGGGUAAUAUAUCUCAUGGUAACCACACAACACGGUGAGUGUAGAUGAUUCUGAGAAUAAUGAGUAAGUGUGGGAAGUCUGACUUUCUGGAAAUGUAACACUGAAGACGAACAAACACCAAAAAGCCCAUUUAGACCCAAUCACCCUCUUCAAAGUAAGUUAUUAAAUGUUGUCCAGUUUGUAACAUUCUGUAUGAAAUGGGCUUUUACAUUAUUGAUCCAUGUACAUUUCUUAAAGUGGUUAAAAUUCAUUCAAAUGUUGAUGGUAGUAUGAUAAACUAAAGAAAAUAUAAAUUAGUUUUGAAAAUACUAAUAUUAAUUGGCCAAAAUACCAACAAAUCUCCAAAUUGAUGCCAGUCAUUCAGUCUGUGGUGCCUGGGCUUAGAUAAUACAAGGACCUCCAGCACUGUCUGUGGUGCCUGGGCUUAGAUAAUACAAGGACCUCCAGCACUGUCUGUGGUGCCUGGGCUUAGAUAAUACAAGGACCUCCAGCACUGUCUGUGGUGCCUGGGCUUAGAUAAUACAAGGACCUCCAGCACUGUCUGUGGUGCCUGGGCUUAGAUAAUACAAGGACCUCCAGCACUGUCUGUGGUGCCUGGGCUUAGAUAAUACAAGGACCUCCAGCACUGUCUGUGGUGCCUGGGCUUAGAUAAUACAAGGACCUCCAGCACUGUCUGUGGUGCCUGGGCUUAGAUAAUACAAGGACCUCCAGCACUGUCUGUGGUGCCUGGGCUUAGAUAAUACAAGGACCUCCAGCACUGUCUGUGGUGCCUGGGCUUAGAUAAUACAAGGAUCUCCCGCACUGUCUGUGGUGCCUGGGCUUAGAUAAUACAAGGACCUCCCGCACUGUCUGUGGUGCCUGGGCUUAGAUAAUACAAGGACCUCCAGCACUGUCUGUGGUGCCUAGGCUUAGAUAAUACAAGGACCUCCAGCACUGUCUGUGGUGCCUGGGCUUAGAUAAUACAAGGACCUCCAGCACUGUCUGUGGUGCCUGGGCUUAGAUAAUACAAGGACCUCCAGCACUGUCUGUGGUGCCUAGGCUUAGAUAAUAUAAGGAUCUCCCGCACUGUCUGUGGUGCCUGGGCUUAGAUAAUACAAGGAUCUCCAGCACUGUCUGUGGUGCCUGGGCUUAGAUAAUACAAGGAUCUCCCGCACUGUCUGUGGUGCCUGGGCUUAGAUAAUACAAGGACCUCCAGCACUGUCUGUGGUGCCUAGGCUUAGAUAAUAUAAGGAUCUCCAGCACUGUCUGUGGUGCCUAGGCUUAGAUAAUACAAGGACCUCCCGCACUGUCUGUGGUGCCUGGGCUUAGAUAAUACAAGGACCUCCAGCACUGUCUGUGGUGCCUAGGCUUAGAUAAUAUAAGGAUCUCCAGCACUGUCUGUGGUGCCUGGGCUUAGAUAAUACAAGGACCUCCAGCACUGUCUGUGGUGCCUAGGCUUAGAUAAUAUAAGGAUCUCCCGCACUGUCUGUGGUGCCUAGGCUUAGAUAAUACAAGGACCUCCAGCACUGUCUGUGGUGCCUGGGCUUAGAUAAUACAAGGACCUCCAGCACUGUCUGUGGUGCCUAGGCUUAGAUAAUACAAGGACCUCCAGCACUGUCUGUGGUGCCUAGGCUUAGAUAAUAUAAGGAUCUCCCGCACUGUCUGUGGUGCCUGGGCUUAGAUAAUACAAGGACCUCCAGCACUGUCUGUGGUGCCUGGGCUUAGAUAAUACAAGGACCUCUAACACUGUCUGGUGCCUGGGCUGAGUUAAUACAAGGAUCUCCAGCACUGUGAAUGGGAUUAUUACAUCUAUUGUGGUGAAAAAGUAGAGAUGAAACCAAACAUUAUUUGAAGUGACACAUUUAUUAACACAUUUCAAAAGGGGUCAGACCGUGUCACCAAACAUACAUUAGAUUCAGCAUUCCCACUAUAAACAAGAGGCAACAAGAAAUGUCCAGCUGUCAACGAGUCUUCAUUGUAUGAAAUAAAGGAUUGUCCACUCUGACAUGUACCUGUGUCUCUUAUAGAGUUCUAUUUACCUAGGAAAUAUCAAACCGCACAUUAUGGAGAGUUUCACUAAACACCACAUCAGAAUGGUGAAGUGAGAUGGUGCCAGUUGCAGUGGUGUCACUUGAUAACCUCAAUACCACAAUUGUCCAGGCUGGGCCAAUCCGUUCUGUGCUGGGCCAAUCCGUUCUGUGCU